GCUACGAUUGGUUAAAACCGAGCAUCACGUGGCGCUUCGGAGCAGCCAAUCGGACGCCUUUCGUGAGCACGGGCCUCAGCCUCGCCUCGCCUGGCCGCCCUGCUAACGUUUCCGCUCGACAAUCAAUAGCCCGGCAAUUCAUAAACAUGGGAGAGAAAUUCGACAACUUGGAGGAGCACCUGGAGAAGUUCAUCGAAAACAUUCGGCAGCUGGGAAUCAUCGUGAGCGAUUUCCAACCGAGCGGACAAGUUGUGUUGAACCAGAAGCUGAACACAAUGAUCGGCGGGCUGCAGGAGAUCGAGAAGUGCCGGCAGUCUCUUCACGACGUGCACGUACCGUUGGAAGUCUUUGAAUACAUCGACCAGGGGAAGAACCCCCAGCUCUACACCAAAGAAUGCCUGGAGCGUGCACUCGCGAAGAAUGAGCAGGUCAAGGGCAAGAUCGACGCCAUGAAGAAAUUCCGGAGCCAGCUGAUCGCCGAGCUCAGCCGCGUCUUCCCCGAAGAGAUGAACAAGUACAAGGCGCUCCGUGGCGAGGACGGGUCCGCGACGUAAGCCCAGCCCAAGAUGCCUCGUUCCCUCGUCUGCUUCCCAUGCAGUACCACGGUCCCGCCUGGAAACAGCCACGGAUGCAUCUUCACUUUCCCCC